AUGAAGACCGUUCUUCUUUUAGUAGUGUUUGCUUUAAUCGCAACAUUUAUGGAAAGUCUUGUCGACUCGCAUCGCCAGCCGCAUUAUCCACCCGAGAAACCAGGUUCUAAUUCAGGUCACCAUUGGAAUCAAGGGGGAAAUCGACCAGGUCAUCAUUCAGGUCAUCAUUCUGGUCAUCAUGGAAAGCCAACUGCUCCACCGAAUAAUUAUCCCGAGAACCAGCCAACUGCAUCUCCUCCAGAUAAUUAUCCGCCAGUUUGCCCAGCUUACUGUCAAUGUAAAUACCCAACUAUGAAACCUCCAACUUCUCGACCUACUCCUCCGUCAGAGAACUAUCCAACUGAUCGGCCAACUCCUCGGCCUACUCCUCCGCCAGAAAACUAUCCUACCGAUCGACCAACUCCUCGGCCUACUCCUCCACCCGAAAACUAUCCUACUGAUCGACCAACUCCUCGGCCUACUCCUUCAUCAGAAAACAAUCCAACUAAUCGGCCAACUCCACGGCCUACUCCUCCAUCAGAAAACUAUCCAACUCAUCAUCCAACUAUUCCAUCGCACAAUAAUCCGACUAAUCCUCCUACUCACCAUCCAACUAAUCCAUCACAAAACUAUCCGACUAAUCAACCUACUCAACGACCGACUACUUCAUCACAGAACCAUCCUACUUCUUCUCCAAAUUAUCCAACAGAUAACUAUCCUACUUGUAGCCCAAAUAAUUAUCCAACUACACCACCUCAUCAACCAACUUCUUCUACAGAAAAAUAUCCGACUAGUCCAUCAAAUAAUAAUCCAACUCAUCGUCCAUUUCAUAAACCAACUCAUCGUCCUUCUCACCAAACAACCAAAAUUCCAUCCAGUUUAACAGAAAAAUAUCCAACUCAUCGCCCUUCUUUCCUUCCGAACAAAGAUUUAACUGACAAUAAAAUAUCCGACUAA